AUGCCUGGAAUCAUUGAGAAAACCAAGGACGCUGUCAGCAACGCCGCUGAGGCGGUGAAGGACAAGGUGGGCGACUGGAAGGAGGGGGCGCAGAACUCAGCCAGCACUUCGUCGGAAGACGUAAAAGGCUACACCAACGACACCUGGGAGGGCACCAAGUCUCGCAUGGCUGAUACGAAAGAAAGCAUGAAAGAAUGGGCCCAGGACAAGACCCGCGACGCUGACCGCAAAAUGGACCGCUAC